CCUAUAAGCCGAGCGAUUUUUCUAAUAAAUUAAACUGAGAACAGGUAAAUUCUCGCCAAGGUAGGGGUUCCGCUUAUAGCCGAGUAUUUUCGCCAAAAAAAAUUUACGGGUGCUUAACAAGAUUCGAAAUUCAAUGUUUAUUCGACUAUAAGCCGAGCGAUUAUCAACAAACACAAAUUUCCGAGAUCACGAAAGGUAGGUACAUGUAAAUCAUUGUUGGUCAUUGACUUUAAUUUAUGUGGUGGCUCCUUAAGGAGCCGUUUUGUUUGUGAAGUUGAAGUUUCGUCGUCGUAGAUGGCGUCGUCUUCUGUUCCAUCGAGAGCGUUUGAGAUCCCGCACGUUUUGAACGAUCUUCUCACCAUCUCUUCCGGAAUCUCUUCCCAUGACUGCUUCACCCAACGAAGGACCAGGUUUUUCGACGGGGCCUUCUUCUUUCCCGCUGGCGUGUACUCGAAGGGACCUGUCCGAGUCAUCCAGUUAAGGUACUUUCGCCGCAUGUUGUCCUUGAAUGGUUUGUUGAGGCAUUUGUCUAAUGGCUGCAGGACUGGAGUCAGGCCGCCUGGAAUAACAGCUACGUCGAUCUUGCGCCGUUCUAGGUCUGCUUUCACCGACUCAGUCAGAUGGGCUCGGAAAGAAUCCCAGACAAGCAGUGACCGUUCAUCGCCGGCGAGGAUUCCGUGGCAAACAGGUACGAAUCCACUCCUUCACUCCUGAAAUAAAUAACAGAAUACCCAAUUAGAAUAAAUUGACAGAAUGCGAAGAUCAGUCAUUUGAGCAUAACAUCAAUUACCAGUGAGCUAUGAAAUAGAAAUGUGACAAAUUCCUACCUUUUUCAUCCAUCCAGCCCUUCUUGUCGAACGAUACUCGAACAGUGUCUGGAACAGCGAUGUCUCUUGGAGUGCGAACACCUUUGAAGAUCACGGAAGGUGGAAGUUUUUUGCCAUCGGCGGCGACUGCGAGUGUGACUGUAAAGCUCCUCUUCUCGGCGCCGCAAGACUUCACUGGAACUGUUCUGCUGCCACUGAAUUCAAGGGUUCUGCUCGACGGAAGCUCGAAUCGCAUAGGAGUUUCGAAGCUUUUCAUUGUUUUAAAGAAACGAAAGACUUACCUUGACUCCUCUGCUCUGAAAACCAGUCCAGUAGUGUUUGAUCCAAUUCAGGAUACUUUGGCGAAAAGCAGCCCAUCGUCUUUCGCUUUGCUGACAUUUUAAGCUCACCAUUAAACAGGUUCGCUUGAUCUUUUCGCCAGCGACGCACCAUCGAUUCACUGAUUCCGUAAUCUCUAGCGAUCUCGGAGUUGUUCUCGACGGCCUCUGAUUCAGCAACGACUUUUAGUUUGAACGCUAAGUUGUAUGAAGAACGACGAACUUUCGGCAUGAUGAUCGAUUACGAUAACUUUGAAAGAGAGCGAUUGUUUGAGACAGGAUUCUGAACUCAGGUGAAUGUUUUGUUAUGUCACGCAUGGUUCUAUUUAUUUACAUUAAAUUCUACUUAUCUGUGACUUGUUGUUACUUUCAAUUAAACGACCAAUAACAACUGAGUAAAUUGGACUUAAUGAAUAUGUUUAUUCAUAACCUACUAUUUGGUUACAUGUUUCCCGAGAUGGAAGCUCCUUUUGUUUUCGGUUUAUGCUAAUUUAUCUCAGUUAACGACACGCGUGGAGUACUUUGCAAUUAUUAGGCCUCGGCUUAUAGCCGAAUGUUUUGUGUUAAUUUUUUAUUUCAAUGCAACAGCUGCUGAC